GUCACUCAGAGUCCAGAGAUGUUAAAGGAUAAUGACAAAAGACUUCAAUGAAUAUAAAAAUGCAUUCGCUCUUUCCGUUUCGUGAGAUCCAUCUUUAAGGUUAAACAUUAGAUAUGAAUAUUUCAAAUGACAGUGCCACGACAACUCCCGUGCUAUUUGUCACAGAUCCUGUCAAUAUCACUAGCGCAGUUGCUGUGGGUCUCGUGAUAGUACUUACUAUAUUUGGAAAUGCAAUCGUAUGUGCAAGCUUCUACACAUUCCGAGACCUUCGAACAAUAUGUAACUAUUUUAUCAUAAGUCUCGCAAUAUCCGAUAUACUAGUGGCAAUUUUGGGGAUGCCAUUUUGGUUAGUAUUGCAGCUUACCGAUUUAUCAAACAAUACCGUCAUUCAGGGAGAUCUUUAUCUCUUUUGGCAAUGCAUGGAUAUUUUCUUUGGCACAGCAUCCAUAAUGAACUUGGCAGCGGUUAGUGCUGAUAGACACGUGGCAAUCACUGCCCCAUAUUCAUAUCCUCAUGUAAUGACAUCACGAAGAGCUUUGCUUAUUUUGUGUUUUGCAUGGAUUUAUGCCGUCGUAGUGUCCAGUCUGCGACUCCUGGAUAAAAACUGGAUACGAACCGGUGGAUAUCAAUAUAUGGUGUUCAUAGCGAGCUUUGCACUUCCGCUGUUAUUUAUGAUCGCGAUGUACGCUAGAAUUUAUGUUGUAGCUAGACGUCAGGCUCGUCGAAUCGGUCGUAACAGGAACUACACUACAGACGUGAAAGCCGCGAAAACAAUAGCGGUGGUGAUUGGUGCGUUCGUUUUCUGUUGGGCGCCUUUCUUUGUGUCAGUCAUUGGCUACAUCAACAACAAGAACUUUUAUCCUUUGGAUGUUCACAAGUGCGCCAAAUGGUUGGAAUAUGUAAAUAGUUGUUUAAAUCCAAUUUUGUACACUUGCUUAAACAAAACCUAUCGCAGGGCCUUCAAGAGACUUUUUACUCGAUGGCGUGGACGGCUAGAAAGAACUCGAGAAGAGUCACUCACUACAAUAGGAACAUUAUCUAGAAGGCUUACCUUACCUAGAGGAUCCAUUUUUGCCACUCAUGGAGACACGUUUUCUAGCUCGUCCUCAAAAGAGCUUAGUGAAUUAAGAAGGAAGCUUAGUAGAAAAAGCAGCGUUAAAAGAAAAACAGAAGACCCUCCUGUUACAUUUAUAUGACACCUCUCUUCUUCCAGGGAUAGCGGGAAAUGGAGCGGAGAAUUAAUUUCUUCAUUAGAAUUAUAAACCUUUGGAUUAAAAGGUUGGAGGAGAGGCGAACAUGCUCACCAUUGAAAAAACUCAAUAAAGAGUAAGAGAAAGAGCAAAGCGAGUAAGUACAAGAAUCUGUCGGUAUUCGUUCGCCACGGAGCACCAAUAUAAAGUUAUAGUUAACUGUCAGUGAAUCUCGUUAAACUUGUUUUAAUUAAUCGCCAAUUUAUUUUCGGAAAAGCUCCUUUGACUUUAAGUUUAGGGAGAGGAAUCGUACUGAAAUGUUGAAAAGUGCACAUUCAAACACAAUAAAUUGAGGCGCAAGUUAAGCGCCUUCUGCAAAAAAAACUAAUUUUCUGAUAAAUCAAGGCCGAAAUCUUGCGGUAUAAGGAAGGGAAUGCUUUACGAUGGAGUCUACGGAUUGGUCCCAACAGACGUUUCCGUAAUGUAAAUUCCCACAGUUUUAGCUGUCAAGUUAUCUUUCAUAGUUGUAAGCCAACAAAUGCUAUGCUACUUUUUUUCUAUUCAGCCUAGGGUAACCAGCAAGUAGCAGAGCUAACGACAUUAAAGAGCCAGUGAGAUUAUCGUUAGAGUCAUUAUAGUUCCAAUUUUCUCAGAUGUUGUUAAAAAUGAUAUCUCUGGCGUCAAAAAAAACUCUUGUCAAACCUUAAGGUUGGUUUCCAUCAGGGAACAGAUUUACGCCCCGGCUAAACAAUCAAAAUUAUCGUUCAUCGCCGUAUUUGUCGCACACGAAAUAGGGUGGCUAAACGAGCAAAUAAUCAGUAUUUUAUCAAACAUGGAACGCAGAUGAGCUCGCAAGACCCUUCCUGCGUUAAAUUACUCAUGUUUGGUUUCUAGUUGCUUGUUUUUCCCCGGUUUGGUUUGCUUCGUUUCUAGAGGUCGCUAAAUGAUCAAACACCAUUAUGCUUUUGAAGCAAUUUGUAAGAUGAAAAAGUUUGAUUUAGAUCAAACACGUGAGGCCAUUUCAGUGCAGUUUCGAGAGAGGUGGCUG